AUGGCUGUUGACAAAGCCGCUCGUUCUCAGAGAGCCAGAAGGGCUGCCGAAUCUGUUAAGAAGAAGAUUGCUCCUCCUCUUAUCCUACCAAAAACAAAGAAGCCGAAGCCGAUUGAAAAUCCCAACAAUCAGGAACUCAGUGAUGAUGCCAAUGGUCAAUCGACGAACUCUAGCGAAAUUGGUGAUAUAUUUGAAGUCUACGAUGAAGAAGUUGCAUUGGCUGAUGAAGCACAUCAGAUUAUGCAAUGGUGUAAUGAAGAGCACUCUGAUAACAAUGACGAUGAGAGCAAAGAGGUUGUCAAAUUUUUAUGGCCGAUAUCUUUUUCAAAUGACACUGAAGCUCAGAAAAGAAAGCUCAAGUCAGGCCGCUUGGGGUACCUUCUGCCCGUUCCCAAUCCUAGCGGUAAUUCACAGAAGCUUGUCCCUCGUAAACUUACUAGAACAACGAAGCACAACUAUCAGGUUAAUAGAAACAAUGCGCUGGGAAAGAAUAAUGGAAUUAUGGCGGCCUUCCUCAAGAAAGGAAAAGAACAGUCUGAAGAACGGGUCAACAAUGAUAUGAGCUCCCCGGGACAGAGUCCCGUCAAUAUUUCAAGUUCUUCCUUGAAUACUAAUGCUAGAAACAAUGAAGCAUAUGAAAACCACAUCGCUUCAAGUGUUAAUAAGUACCUUGCAAAUAAAUUGUGCAAACCUGCCUAUGAUGAGCGCAAGAUAUUUGAAGACAAAUUCAAAAGACUUAACGAUGCUAUUUCCUUGCUCAAGCUAGAAUACCGGCACCGCGAGAAAAUUGAUAAGAAGAAGAAAUAUUCUGGAUUUGAACUUGAUGAACUUCAGGAGUUUAACAACCUGAGGCAUGAAAACCGAAUGAAUGGCGUUCCACAUCCAGCAAUUGCAGCAUCUAUCACAACGGCCGCUUCUUCAAACCGUCGCCUCCAAUCCGGAAUCAAGAAGUUUAGCACAAGCGUUGGUCGGGCAAGGCGCAUACAAGCACAAGCAAGACAUGUAUUAUGCUUCAAGGAACUAUCCACCUCAAAUCAAGGCAAAGGUGCUAAACAGAAGUCAAUUCUAGAUGACCCUGUUAUUUUCCAGACCCUCUCAAGCUGGUCAGCGGCACAAAAGCCAGGUCAUGUUACUCCGCGGUCAUUUCAUGAACAUGUGAUCAACAAUGUCUUACCUCAGCAUGGACACAAGUCUAUUCAUAUUGAUACCGCUACUCAAUGGAUGUAUAAGCUUGGAUUUCGCGCCCAAAAGCAUAGGAAGUCCAUAUACUAUGAUGGACACGAGCGAAAACAACACAAAGCUAGCAGACUUAGCUUGGCCGAUGCGGCAACAGUGAUCUAUCCUGGAUCCCAGGGUGAUCCUUGGUGGGACAUGAAGCAGUUGUGUGCCCAGGUAGUAGAAAAGGCAAUUCCAAUCUUCGAAGCCUUACAUCCUGGAUCCCAGGGGGUUUUUGUGUUUGACUGCUCCUCAGCACAUGAAGCAUACGGUCCCAAUGCCCUUCGUGUUCAAAAUAUGAAUCUCAGUUUGGGUGGCAAGCAAGCUCGAAUGUGUGAUACAAUCAUCCCAAGCGACGACCCUCUCAUUCCAGAACAUCUGAGAGGCCAGCACCAGGCAAUGUGCUUCCCUGCAGAUUAUGUAGUCCAGUCUUUAGCAAACGAACCUAAAGGAAUUGAGCAGGUCCUCUCCGAACAUGGCAUUUGGCAACAUCAUAUCAGUUCUUGCAUUGAUCAACGCUUGCCACGGCUUCACCUCAGAUGCAAGCAAUGUGCACAAACUGGUGCUGUGAAAGACGCCAAAAUCCGAGCUGCAACAAUGGUUAAGCGUGCUGAAGCCCAUGGAUACUUCCUCAACUAUGAGCAAUGCAUGGACAAUGUGAGAGCUCCUUUGGGAUGGGUUGGCAGUCCUUGA